GAAACUGCUCAACGCGCUACAGCCAUUCAGGGGUCUGCCCCCCUGCAAGUGAUGGUUCAUUCUUGCACCCCGUUGGAUCAGGAUCCAGCUAUUCAGGAUGCGCGAGAUUGUAAUGUGGCCGAAAUUCUAACGAAAUCCAACGUCAGAUUGUUGAGCCAAAAUUUGUCAACCGUGAAGAAGUCUAAAGUAGUUUCCAGAUGCAAACGCAGAAAUGAAAGUGGCGUUGACGAUGAGAAGCCUCAAAUCAUACUGUCAAUAACCGGCAGUGCGGAUGAUGGUGCUGAAAUUCAGCACAGGAAAGGACACAUGGAACCGGUCAUUAAUAUCGGCUAUACUCUAGCUGAUGCCUCUCAGCAUACAAACCUAAGCAUUUGCGGUGAAAGGAGCAAUGUCUUUCGCAGUACCAUGGAAGAUGAAAUAUUACGCAACAGUUUUCUUGCAACAAAUCACGAAGCCAAUAUCAUGAGCGAGCUCACACGUAUGAUCGGCUCCGUGACCAAGCAUGAUUCGGGAGGGUCUUGAUUCAAAGGAAAUGACCUCGUGGAAAAGAAAUAUGCAAAGCAAAUAGAAACAAUUCCUUUUGAUUGCAAUUUCCCUCUUUACUAUCAAUCCCAUAAGCUUUUGUCCAGUUUGAUGAAAAUUGGGAGCUUUUCAAGUGGGGCAUCAACGGUAAUCCAACAUGGUCCAAGAAAAGUGUUCGGUGCGUCACAAUAUCUAUUGCACUUUUCGAUGAUGUCGUGCACAUCACGGUCCCACUCGACCCACUCACCGAUCGGCAAGUAAAGCCUCCUCCAGCGCGCACCUUUUUCAACUACGGGAGCGACGAUGAUAUCAUCGCCUACUGCAAAUUGAUCGUCAAUGGCGUAAGUUUCCUUAUCCAAUGGAUCUAACCACCAAAGCGGACGGCAAAUGGGCGCUAGCGAAGUAGAGGCUUCGACGGCGAGUUGUAAAAGUCGCGGUAAUAAAACCU